AUGAGCAGAGUUGAAACGUGCCACUUUUGCUCCAGGCCUGUUUACCCUAGCAAGGGUAUCCAGUUUGUUAGAAAUGACGCCAAGGCAUUCCGGUUUUGCAGAAGCAAAUGCCAUCAGAACUUCAAGGCUAAGCGCCAACCGAGACGUGUGAAGUGGACCAAGGCCGGUCGCGCUGCCAAGGGCAAGGAGAUGAUUGUCGACUCGUCGCUGGUGCUGUCCCAGUUCGCCAAGAAGAGAAACGUCCCCGUCAAGUACGACAGAAACCUGGUUGCGGCGACUAUCAAGGCGAUGGAGAGAGUGGAGGAGAUCCGGCAGCGCAGGGAGCGUGUGUUCACGAAGCGUCGUUUGGCAGGCAAGCUUGCGCGGGACCGCAAGCGCGAGGCGGAUCGCAAGGUGGUCAUGGAGGGCGAGCACCUCAUCCGCAAGGAGCUCCGCGAGCGGGAAGAAGGACAGCCGUUGGUGGCCGAGACUGCCAAGGCAAGCAGACUGCACGGCGAGGAGCGUCUCAGACAGAAGAAGAAGACCAGAAUGUUGGUGGAUGGAACUACUCAGGAGGAGAUGGAUGUCGAUUAA